AAGGCUCCGCUGUCACAAUGGUUUGCCAGUACAAUCACACUCUGGAUACCGCGCAGUACAUAGAAAUCGAAUGGCUUAUCGCCUCCAACGAUGACAACCAACCGCCCAUCAUUUGGUUCACCAGAACCAGUUGUACUCCGAUCUUUAUAAACCGAUGAAGGGCAGGGUCAGUUUCGUGGAGCGCGAUCCCCAAAACGGAGAUGCUUCCAUCACCAUCAGCAAAGUCACCCGCUCAGACGCGAUGAAUUACUUUUGCCAUGUGAAGAAAUUACCUGAAUUUGACAAGAAGAUGAUGACCCUGAGGGUCAUGGAGGGGCCCAGUCAACCAAUGUGCAACUUGCAAGGGGAAUUGGCCCACGGCAAUGACGUGACGCUCACGUGCUCAUCCUUACGUGGCGAAUCCCCUCUGACGUACACCUGGGCGAAGAUCUGCGGAAACCAGGUCCUCCCCGCCAAUGCCGUGGUGGACACCGUGAGAGGCACCUUGCAUAUAAGCAAUAUCACCGAGCGGGACUGUGGAAGGUACCGUUGCACGGUGGAGAGCUUGGUUGGUAGCAAAAGUUGUGAGCUCGUCCUCCCCUGUCCGGAAACGCCAGAAGCCAAUGAGUCCUCCGCACAGCUGAUAGCAAUCUCCUUUACGGUGGUCCUCGUCAUCCUUGUUACCAUCAUCACCGUUGGCUGUUUGUGCUGCCGUAAGGAAACUAAAAGGCAGGAUUCGGCCAACGAAAUAGUGGAUGAUGUGUCAACUGCUCCCCAAUGGGUUUUAAAAAAUGAAGAGAAGGCACCAUCUUUGCUCUACAAGGCCAAAGACCAGAACGUCACCAUGUCUGUUUGAUCACAGCGCCAUUUUGCUUCCUUCAAGACUGAAGAGUUUGAGCUUCAAUUCUGGAAAAUUACGAUUCUGGAGAAAAUUUAAUACUUUCUUGGUUUUCAUUAAACUUGUGUGAAUUUUGGGACACGUUCUGUUUAUUUGGGGGAAUUUCUAGGUUGUUACCCUUUGAUUUCGAGUCAAUUUCUGUUGAUUUUGCACGUCCUUCAUAUUUCAAGGCACUUCCCAUUGAUUUUGGGAAAUUUUGAUUUUGUGGCACAUUAUACGUCAUCAGACUGAGUACUGCCCCAAUUCAGAUUUGAAGACUGUCAAAACCCCGAAUGUUGUUCUUGCCCGCCUCCCUUCAGCGAAUUUGCUUUCUCGGACCGGUGUAGGUACAAAAACUGUUCAGAUGUACAAACAGUUCAGGGUUCUAACUAUUCAAGAUAUACUGUAUGAUAAGCUAAGGAAUUGUAAUGUGCUCAUGUAUAAGUGCCUGAUUAAACUGACCACCCAAACACAACUUGUAGCUACAUGCUAAUAACACUACUAGAUAUAUUAAUAAUACAGUAUAACCUUUUUCAAAUGGAAAUGUGCAUCCAUUGCUGGUAAUGUUAACUUUUAACAAUAUGUCAAAUCAAAUGUGAUUCUUUAAAAAUGCCUAGUUGCAAUUGUUUUGCCGACACAAAUCAACUAUUAAAGAUAUGUAUUAACAGUUUAACAUGUGCAAGAUGUGUUCAGGUGGUCAGAUACGUUCGCGACACUUUUGCAUGAGCACAUUACUCCUCAACCAAUCAUAUAGUAGGCACUUGGGCAUAAAUUUAGAAGUACAGUAAUAUUUUUCACAAGUUAUUGCUUGAUUUCUAACAUGCUCACUGACACAAUGAUGUCUCUUUAUUUGAUUUAAAAAAAUCCAAAUAGACAGUUAUGGUGGGAAAGUGCACUAAUAAUUGGACCAUUGACACAAUGAAAAGCACAUUAAUGUUUGUUAUCCAAAUAAGGAUGAGUGAUAGCGGACUAGGAAUGUUAAACUAUGUCUCAGUCAAUUUUAUUUUUUAAUUCUUUUUCAAUCAAAUUUUCAAUGCAUAAUGUCUUAUGUUUUGAUUUUUUUCUCACUGAAAUGAAAGUUAAAAUAAAUUCAAAUGUCAAAGGGAAUGGCUGCAUUAUUUGUCUCACAGAGAAAACCCUUUAAUUUUUUUUCUUUGUAAUUACGCUUUAUACAGGAAAAAAUAUUAAUCAUAUUGUCAUGAAGUCUACUUUGCAAUUUCUAAGUACUUUUUGAAAACAAUGGGGCUAGAAUGAAUAAAAUUUUGAAACCCAAUGAGCACGCCAUUUGGCUCCGAGUGGCGGGGACAAGCACAUUUUCUGCUUAAAACAUUUUAAGUUCAAAACAAAUCUAAAUAACAUACAAAUAUGAAAGAUAAAUAUGUAAGGACCAUUUAAAAUAUGUAAGGACCAUUUAAGUGCAAUUUUGUGCCAUUUAGAUAAUUCAUAGCGGUCAAUAGAAUAGAAUGGAUUUCAAAACUCAUCUCCGUUGUUCUUAACCUUAUUAAAGGUCCUGAACCCCACAAGUUACACAUGUGGGUUCACCGAACCCUUUGGAAUUAGAUAAUAAAGCAAUUUUUUUCAAAUUAAAAACCGAUAUACUCUAUCUUAGCAAGCAAGCUAAUAAUUUAGCAAGUUCGGGUUCAAAAUUCUUCUCAUUUUGACAGCACCUUUUAUAAACAGGUCAAAAUUUGAAACCAAGCUGGCCAUUGGUCUGUUGUAUUCCCUCAUACGGUCAUACCCUUUGCGAGUCAACCUUCCACUGAGCAAACCAGUUCCUCCUCCAUCAGAUCGAGGACUAGCAGUUAAAAGAAAUUGAUUAAAACUGUAAAUUGGAGCAAAUCAGUCCAAAACCUGGUCUAAAAAGCCACUUUUAAACAACAUACGAGUUUCUUUACCUUCGCCGAACCUCUUAGACUUACUCACCGAACCCUUGGGGUUCAAUCAAACCCAGGUUAAGAACAACUGCUUUAUCUACAGGGGUUGGACAAAAUAAUGGAGACACCUACCAUUUUGGCAUCAUAACCAUUGAACAUAAUUGUUAAAGAAUAGCCCGGUACACCAGACUCACCGCUGUUCUGGCGACCGUUGAGCGGAUCCAAUUUCCAGGGCGGAGCAAGCCAUAGCAAACAGACAGUGGGGUGGACCAAUCAGCGAUGCGCAGAGGUGACGUUGGUAAAACGACAAACUAGCGCGAGCAAAGAAUGGAGAAGUUUAUUUAACAUGGCUAGCGCGAGACAGACUGUUGUCAAUGACUUGUGUCGAUGUGUUUUUGGUCAUUUAAAACUGAUUUCACCGCGGAUUGGAACAUAUUCUCGGCUCUUUAGUUCCCCAUCUGUGUUGUUGUAGAGACGACUUCCGACACACAACAGUGACGUUGCUCAUUAAGACGAUGUCACACAAAUUAUCGAAUCUGAUUGGACGGAUGAUCUCGUUCGGCUCGAGAGACCAUUAAGGAGCUGGGUUCCAGACUGUUCUCACAGUGUUUGAAAAAUAGAGGGAGAACAGUCUGGCUGUGCCAGGCAAGUUAAAGAAUGGCAUGAGGAACAUUCAAGUGAAGUUCAGCAUCUCGUAUUGCCGGCACAAUCUCCAGACCUCAACAUUAUUGAGCAUUUAUGGUCAGUUUUAGAGCCACACCUGUCAAGUUGUAUGGUUUUGGCGUAAUUUGUACAAGUGAGCACUGAUUUUUAAAUGUGUAGGGCGUACGUUCAAAAUCUGUAUGUUUUUCGUGCAUUACGUUUUUUUUUCCUCCGUUCGGAUUUUGUCACCGUUUCGGCAACGAGACAAUGUGCGUUACUAUGCGUUACUAUGUUGGUUGAAUGACGCAGGAGUGGGAAGGAAGAGUGUUGUGACACUGUUGCAAUAGCGAUGCUAGGCUAGGUGGCUCCAAUAUUUCCUGACUGUAGCCGACAGCCUACAAUCUACCCCCACUUGAUGCUACACUAGCUGUAUCAUGCAUAUAGAACAAUAUGCGAAAUGACACACUCGGCGGCGUUAGUAAACAGCCGCCAUCUUAAAGCAGUAGACUUCUCAGAAAGGCUCUGUUGUAGUGAACCUUUUUAGCGAACCUGAGUAACUUUUUAUCUAAAAUACUGCUAAAUCGGCAAAAUCUUGACUUGAAUCUAUCUUUAAAUGAAAAAGUUUUUCAUGUGAAACAAACUUUCACAUGUCGAAAGUAGACAGAAGGGAACUCAUGCAAAAACGGGAGCAAUUUUAACAACUUUAACAGUUGAUUCACAACAUUAAAUGACCUCCAAACAUUGCAAAGGUUACUAUGUGUUUGUUUUUUUGAAUGGAAAAAAACAUGAAAGGUAACAAUAGUUAAUUUGCCAAGUCACUAAUUACUCUCACAUUGAGGUAACUGAGUUAUUAACUCACUUUUUGGUAGAAGUAAUUUCUAACUAAUAAAUUACUUUUUUAAAGUAAAACUAACAACAGUCUGCAGAAUGAAAAGCUAUGCUGUGAUUAAACCGGAUAUCUUAUUCUCCCAAUUUGUUGCGGAACACAAUUUGCCUGCAACUAUUGCUAAUCACUUCUCAGAAUUACCAAGAGAAAUGUUCCCUGACUCAAAGAUUGCAGAUUGCACUUAAUUUUAUCAAUUUACCUUUUUAAUUUAUAAUUGGACACACUAACAAACUACCUUCAAGUCAAACUGAAUUGGAGGUGAAGUGCCAUGAAGUGCAGUCAUCAAAAGACAAGAUAGAAAUUGCCUAAAGUGCUACAUACCAUUAUAACAAAAGUCACUGUUAAAUAUUAGUAAUCAUGAUGUAGCUGAAGAUAUUGAUUGUUCUUUGAUUGCACCAGGUUAUAUGUGACAAUAUUAUCAAUAAAUUCAUAUUUUAAAAAUUGAGUUUUAUUUUUGUUUCAUAUUGCACGCUAUAUAAUUUGUAAGGCCAUAUCUCACUAUUUGUAAGAUUGCCAACGGCCUCGGGAUGACAGGUAUGUAUAAGGCCUCUUCAUAGCAACUUCAAUUUUCAUAUACAGUACAAUUUAAAAUCUAAACAACAACCAAGCACCUAAAAAUCACAUCUAUGUCACUUUUCAUCAUCUAUAUGACUUUGAAAAGUAUGGGGCGUCGUUUGUAAAGCAGUCUGCAAAACCUACUCAACGGUGGCAGUCGGCUCUUGGACAUGAUUUAUAGUGAUAAUAACAAUAUCUAGGUAAAAUACACAUUUAGGCAGGGGUUAAAGUGGGCCAGAAGGCAAGGCAAGGCAAAUUUAUUUAUAUAGCACAAUUCAACACAAGGCAAUUCAAAGUGCUUUACAUCACAUGAAAACCAUAAAAAUCACAUUUAAAUCAACACAACGUAAAAACCAAGACAAAAGAUCACAGAAUAAAAAUAAAUAAAUGAAAAUAAAACAAAAUAGAAAUAAAGCAAAAACUACUACUAAUAAUAAUCAUUGAAAUCAGCAAUGGAGAUAAGCACAAGAGGAAUAGAAGGCAGGUAGAUUGAAAUAUAUAGACAGUUAUGGAUAUGCAGUGCUAAACAAAAGCGUUUUUAGCCCUGAUUUAAAGGAGCUAACGGUUUGAGCAUACUUCAGACGUUCGGGUAACUUGUUCCAGAGGUGAGGAGCAUAAUAACUAAAUGCUGCCUCACCCUGCUUGGUUCUUGUUCUUGGAACAUGCAGAAGACCCGUUCCAGACGACCUUAGGGGUCUAGAUGUCUCAUAGGAAUCUAACUAGUCAAGCAUGUAUUUUGGUCCAAGGCCAUUAAGUGUUUUGUAGACGAGCAGUAGUAUUUUAUAGUCUAUCCUUUGACUCACUGGAAGCCAGUGUAGCGAUUUCAAAACCGGUGUAAUGUGGUCCAGCUUCCUUGUAUUUGUGAGGACUCUGGCUGCAGCUUCCUGUACUAGCUGCAGCUUCCUGACUGAUUUUUUAUCAAGACCUGUAAAUAUACCGUUGCAGUAGUCCAAUCUGCUGAAAACGAAUGCAUGCAUAAGUUUUUCCAUGUCUUGUUGAGUCAGAAGCCCCUUAAUUCUGGUUAUAUUUUUUAGGUGGUAAUAAGCGGAUUUAGUGACGGACUUUAGAUGGCUAUCAAAUUUUAGGUCUGAGUCAAUAAUUACGCCAAGGUUUCUGACUUGAUUUGUAGCUGUAAGUGACAUUGUGCUAAGUUGGCUGCUUAUCUUUGACCUUUCCUUUUUUGGCCCAAAAAUGAUCACCUCUGUUUUCUCCACAUUUAACUGGAGAAAAUUCUGGCACAUCCAUUCAUUGAUUUGAUGAAUGCAUUUACUCAGGGAGACUAAGGGACUAUAAUCAUGUGGGGACACAGAAAUGUACAGUUGUGUGUCAUCUGCAUAGGCGUGAUAGGAGAUGUCAUACUGUUCCAUUAUCUGAGCUAACGGAAGCAUAUAGAUGUUAAAUAAGAGUGGUCCAAGAAUUGACCCUUGAGGGACUCCACACGUGAAUUUGGUUCGUUCUGACUGAUAAUUUCCGAUUGACACAAAGAAAUCCCUAUCAUGUAAAUAGGAUGUGAACCACUGAAGAAUAGUGUCAGUAAGCCCUACCCACUGUUCCAAUCUGCUGAGUAGUAUGUUGUGAUCAACCGUGUCAAAUGCGGCGCUGAGAUCCAAUAGUAGCAGAACAGAUGAUUUGCCUGCAUCGGUAUUCCGACGAAUAUCAUUUAGGACUUUGAUAAGCACGGUCUCGGUGCUGUGUUGUGGCCGAAAUCCAGACUGAAAUGAGUCAAAAAGAUUGUUUUGGAUCAUAAAAGUCUGGAUCUGUUCAAACACAACCCUUUCGAUAAUUUUCCCCAGGAAUGUCAGAUUUGAUAUUGGCCUGUAAUUACUAAUGGUUGAGGCAUCCAGAUUAGGUUUUUUUAGGAGAGGUUUUAUUACUGCAGUUUUUAAAGUCUGAGGAAACUCUCCUGUUUGGAGGGAAGUAUUUAUAAUCUGAAGUAUGUCUGGGGCUAUGCAAUGAAAAACAGUUUUGAAAAAGUUUGAAGAAAGGAUGUCAAGGCAGCAUGUUGUGGGCUUUAGUUUCGACACAAUUUCUGUUAAAGUGGCAUAGUCCAAGAGGCUAAACUGUCUAAGAUUGACGUGGGGGACAUGUUGGGAGGCAUUUAGUGUAACAUUUGUUAAUCCGGAGUUGCACACAGUCUGUCUAAUCAUUAGUACUUUGUGUGUAAAAAAUGCUGCGAAAUUAUUACAGGACACCUCAGAUGCCAAUUCCUGAGGUAUUGAUGCUUGUGGGUUUGUCAGUUUGUCAACAACAGAAAAUAGUGUGCGAGUAUUGUUGGUGUUUCUACUAAUGAUCUCUGAAAAAUAUGAUUGUCUAGCAUUUUUCAGUUCCUGGUUGUAUUUGCGAAGACUCUCUUUGUAGAUAUCAUAAAAAACUAGGAGUUUGUUUUUUCGCCAUCUGCGUUCUGCUCGUCUACAAACUUGCUUUUGUUUUAUAGCUAGUAUGGCAUUUCUCCAGGGUGACCUCUUCUUUCUUGACAAAGUUUUUGUCUUAAUCGGGGCAAUAGUGUCCAUUACAGUCAUCACACCGGAACUGAAACUAUUUACAAGUUCUUCCACUGGAGCUAUUGUAGGGGUUAAUAAUGAGGCAUAGGCCUGUGUGAAUAACGCACAUGUGUUAUCACUUAUGUAACGCUUCCUAAUAAACUCUGUUUCCCUUUUCAGAGGAUGGACAGGGGUGGUCAUUUUAAACAUAAUGCAGUAGUGAUCAGACAGAGCAACAUCAUUCACUUUGACCUCAGAGAUGUUAAGACCUUUGGAUAUUAUUAAGUCCAGUAUGUGCCCUCUGUUAUGUGUUGGAACUGUGACAUGCUGAGAUAAACCAAAUGUAUCCAAAAUAUUUAAAAGCUCUCUAGCACAUCCUUCUUCAGGAUUAUCAACAUGAAUGUUAAAGUCACCCACUAAAACAACACAAUCAAAGUCCAUGCACACAGAAGACAGUAUUUUGGUAAACUCAUCAAAAAACAUUGUGUUAUACUUCGGUGGUCUGUAAAUUGUUACCAAGGCAGCUCUGCAAGGGCUUUUUAGCUGAAUGACAAUAUACUCAAAGGAAUACAAUAUACUCAAAGGAAUAAGAAUAAGAACGGUCAGGAAUGCAGUUCCGGUACAAGAUUCAGGGCCGGAACGCAGUUCCGGUAUUAUAUUCAGGGCCGGAAUGCUGUUCCAGUAUAAGAUUCAGGGCUGGAAUGCUGUUCCGGUACACGGUGCUUUGGUUCCGAAAAUAUGAUAGCAACUGUCAAAACGCUAUGUUAAAAAAAAAAAAAUGCUAAGCUGCCACACAUGCAUUUCAGCUCCAAGAAGAAAACAAUCUACCAACAUCAGAUUUACAUACGCAAGUGUUAACAACAAGCAUAAUGAAGUGCUUGUGUUGCAUAAUCCGUUUCCACCAAUAUUUAUUAUUGAUUUUA